AUGCACGCUCAUUUCAAGUGGAAGGAGAAGGGCGUAUUGUUCAUUGUUGUACCGAUAUUUAUUGGCGCAUUCAUUAUCACAUUUUAUCACCACAUUGCUUACAAGUACAGUAUCUAUACAAUAUGUAAUGGCACACAGCUGAAGGGUAACGUCAGGCCGGCGCUUUCAGUAUGGAAUGAUACAGUCUCCUCUAGUACUUCGAACUCUGUUGGUUUUGAAGUGCCACUUCCUUUUGCGGACUGCGACAGUUUUUAA